GUAUUUUGAGGUUAUAAAAUUGUCAAAAUAAUAUGGAUAGCAAGGAAAGUCUCUCCGAAAAUGUUAAAAAACUGCAAAUAGAUGAUGAUGAUGAUGAUAAUGAUGAUACUUCAAAUAAUUCUAGUUCAUCUUCGAAUUUAAGCGAUUCUUCGAGCGAAGAAGAAGAUGCCUUGCCAAAUUUUAAUGUUGCGAUGUGGGACUUUAAUCAAUGCGAUCCAAGAAAAUGUUCCGGCAGAAAACUUUCCCGUUUGAAACUAAUCAAAACGCUCAAAAUAAAACAACGGUUUCCCGGUCUGGUACUAACUCCAACAGGUGAAAAAUGUGUUAGCCCAGCUGAUAGAGAGAUUGUUACUAAAAAAGGUAUAGCUGUAGUCGACUGUUCGUGGGCUAGGAUAGACGAGACACCCUUAGCAGCCUUGAAACCAGCACAUGGAAGACUUUUACCAUUUCUGGUUGCAGCAAAUCCUAUAAAUUAUGGAAAGCCUUUACAACUUAGUUGUGUCGAAGCUAUUGCUGCUACAAUGUAUAUUACAGGAUAUAAGAAAGAGGCAAAGUUUUAUUUGGACAAGUUCUCUUGGGGUCACUCGUUUUUAGAUUUAAACGAAGAAAUAUUAGAGAUAUACUCUAAAUGCUCAGACAGUAAAGAUGUUAUUGUUGAACAAACUAAAUAUAUUGAAAAGGAACAAAAGUUACAAGAGGAUAGGCAUAAUAUUUGUGACUUUCCAUCAAGUUCAGAUAGCGAUAGUGAGGACUAAAAGACGAGUAUUUUUUUUUAUAAAACUUUACUGAAAUUAUAUUUUAUAUGUGUAUAAAAGAAUUAAUUAAAAUGUUAAGUUAAAAG